UAGGAUAUAUUACAGCAUCUGUGGUUGAAAGUGAAUGAGAUCGAGAUCGAGAGUGAACGUAGAAUCGUUCGUUCACCUUCACUCCGCAGUUCACUCAGUCAGUGAGUUGUGCGCGCCUGUGACCCUCGUGCGCGGAUACAAAUACAAAAAUGCUGUACCCUCUGCUCUUCCUCGCAACCCUAGCGCUGUGCAGCGCCGAUGUGUCACACUUGCAGCAUGAGCAUGAACAUGAGCCGAGCACCGAACCCCCGCCACCCAGGCCGUAUGCCUUCGCGUACACUGCUGGCAGGUUCCCAGGACAUACAGACAGGCAUCAUGCUGAAGUUAGUGAUGGCAGUGGAGUUGUUAGAGGAACCUUCUCCUACGUAGACCCCCGUAACAAAAUCCGCAAGGUAGAUUACGUGGCCGACAAGGAAGGUUUCCAUCCCAUCCUGAACGACGCUCCACCAGAUCUGCCUGCGGACUCAGCCUCCGUGGCCCAAGCCAAGGACCGCCACUACCAGCUGUAUGCGAAGAUCGCUGAGGAGCAUGCCACAUACCCUCACCCUGCUGUAGCCGAAGCAGCGUCCCCCCGCCAAUCAGCAGCCGUGGUCGCCGCCACGCUGAAGCACGCCGAACUGUUCCGUGUGAUAGCCGAGCAGCACGCGAGGAUCGCCGCCGAACGGGAAGCGCUUCAGAAAGAGGAGGAGCUACAAGAGCUAGGACAUUAGAGAAGGAUAGCUAUAUUAAGAGUUUUAAGUAACUAAUCUCAGCCGAUCGAUCACAGGACCUCUUCCAAGGAACAACAUACGCUACACUUAUCCAACGGUUCCUCAAUAUUGUUCCCAAACCGCCUGACUUUUCUGGCUAAGACCUACGGCCCAAUUUGAACUUUAAGAUACGUCAAUUAUUCUAUAAAUUGUCAGUACAGAUGUCAAUCACAAUGAAAUAAAUUACGAUGAUCAACUCUGGCCAACGUGGGACUCGAUUCGGCACAUCCUUGGCUUGCCGGUCCAAUGCGUUACCAGCUAUAUAUGACCAUCCGUCAAUCAACGCGAAUUUAGUCAUUGCAACUGUGUCAACGUCACUAGCGACAUCUGCAUUCUAAGGUUCACAACCUUGACCACCUCUCACAUCACUAUGGAAAUUGACAAUGACAGCGACGCGUUCAGUACCAGUAGUGCAGCUGCGGUUAGAAAUGGAAUGUUACUAUUACACGAUAUAGAUUAGAUAUGUCAGUGUCAAAAGUGAAGUUUUUGUUUGAAUUUGACAUAUCUAAUCCAUUUCGUAUCUAGCCGUAAUAUUUGUCGUAUGUUAUUGUUCGAAUUGGGCCGCUACAGUUCGCGGUCGAUCCUAAAGAUUCUCAGAAACCUUUGACCCGAGGAUAUAAUAUAAUCAGCCGAUAACUAUGGUCGUUAGGAUAUCUUUACAAAAGCAUCUGGAGCCGUAGCAAAGAUGACAAUCAUUUAUCGACAAACGCCAAACGAAAAGUCAGAAUGAUAACGAAUGGAAACGAAACGUGAAGUGAUCAUUUUCCAUACAUUUCAGUUUCGUUUAGCGUUUUCUAUUAAUGAUUGUUCGACAUGACAGGUGCGAAAAGUGACGUUAUCUAUCGCCGUUAUCUACUUUUCGACUGGCGUUAUCGAUUGUCACUUCUGCUACUCUUAUUGACUCUCCUAAGAUAUAGACAUACGUGUAAUUACAAUUACAAUCUUGUGGUAGGGGUGCCCAAGGGGGGAUUUUUAAAUCGUACAUUAAGAACAUGCGUACAGUCAGCCAAGAAAGUGGUAGACACUUGCUGGGUUGACCGUACAUAUAAUUGUCAGAUUAAGUAUUAGCACAAGUAUAACAUCCACGUGGACUAAACUAACCAAAUCCGCAAUUUACCGAUUUCUUUAGUGCCCACCAACCAUCGGACCAACUUAUACGGCUAAAAACAACAAAAAAGGCCGUACAACAACCUCAUGACCACGACUGCUCUGAGAAGAGUAUCCGACUAAGAAGAAGACUCCACGGGUAGGGAAAUAUCAGGACCCCUAUUCGACAAGCGACGUUUGACGUAUCGUGUUGAUCUCCCGUUGAUGUGGGAAAAAUCAUAAGUUCUCGAAUACGUACAAUGUCAAAAUUUGACAUUAAAAAUCCACAGUUAGGGUGACAAGCAAACCAAACCGAACCACCCUUAGUUUAGAGUGGAGUUUUGGUUGUACCAAAUGAUAUUAUCCACCGUUGAUGGAAUCAUAAGAUAACUCAGUAUGCGAUAAAAUCAACUGUUGAUUUGACGUGGAUGCGAAAUCUGACAGCUGUACGUGUCAAAUUUGGCCCCAGAUUUCAAUCUAACUCACUCGUGUAACUCCAAAAAUCCCCUCUUGGUCUCUCCUAACAUUGGUUCUUUAUUAAAGUGGCCUCCCCCAAUUUAUGGUUAAAAUACUUUUACAGUGAAAUACUCUUAAAAUUGCCAAAUCAAUAUAUUUAGAUUAUUGUUAGAAGACUAGUUUAUUUUUGUAACUUUUGCAAGUUCUUAUCUCGAUAAGCUUUGUUUUACUUGCGUUAUAAGAAAAAUCUGUAUUAUUGAAAGAAGUCAAAACUUCUUCGCUUUGAUAUAAGACAAUUAACUACACCUACCUAUUUAAAUACUCGAGGAGAUACGAACUUGCCAGAAAAUUAUUAUUAUGAGAUUAAGUAUCGGAUAUUUUUCUAUUUUUAUACGACAUUGCCAUAUGAAAUGUGAAUAUGUAAAGGUAUGUAAAUAAAAGCGAUAGUGAUGA